AUGCCUGAUUUUGGGAUCUUUUGUGCUGAUAAGAUUUCUGCCUGUCCCAUCAACACAUUUAGGUUAAAUGACGUUAAUAGAGCAGAUACACUUAGCGCAUGUAGUGCGAGAAUGAGAAAAAUAUAUUUCAUCGUGAGGAGGCGCAUUGUUUUUGAUGAAGCUGGAGAACUCCUGAAGAUAAUUGGUUUUGGAUUUCAUUUUCCAACGGAUCGCCUACGGUUCUACCGCGAAUUCCGACAACAUCAGGCAGAAAAAAUUGCCUUCGCUAAAGCCGAAAGUCUGGCUCAUCCAAGAAAUACAACACAGCUGGUCUUUGGCCCGCAACUCUACGAAGCACCAUUGCUUUGUGAAUACCCGUCAAACCCUGGACUUAUCAUCCCACAGGCUUAUUGUGUCAAUCUCGGCUGCGACCAUUCGAUAACAGACCACCAGGCAGUCAUCGUUGACGAUAUUCGGCCCUUCAUCUGGCAAUCCGUCCAGACACAGUAUCUUGAGAAGGUAUACUCGGUAAAGCACGUUGACGAUUGUCUUCUCAGGGCUAUUCGAUCGGACCCCAAGGUCGUGUUAGUCACGUGUGAUUUCUACGAUGAUAACGUCUUCGAAAACCUUGGCAGCUCAAGUGAAUAUUCGAGGACGUUGCCAGACAGUGCGAUUAUUGUCGAAGAGAUAGAGAAUGAAGACGAGGAUACCCCUUUCUGCAUGAACUUCAUCAAAAGUAACUCAUUGACCGCACGACUUCCACGAAUGUGA